CCGUUUAGAGAACACUUUCUAACAAUUAAUAGGAUGUAAACAGAAUUACGAUGUCUUAAACGGUUUCGGAUACAUUUAAAGUUUUUCAUAAGUGUCCAAAAUUGAUGAAGAUAUUGUGAGGGAAGUUCUUCACUUGGCGCAACACCUACGUCCUUGCAUUAUGUUCUGCAGGAGCAUAAGUUGGUUUAUCUGCAUUUUUCUGGCAACAGUCAUAGCAACAAAUUAUAAUGGCACAGACUCCGUAACAGAAUCUGGUCCUGAAGUCACAGUCCAUUACGUAAAAACAGACAAGCCAGAAUCAUUCACAGUGGAUCGAGUUCCGGAAGGUAAGGAGACAUCAGCCGUGGACCUCGCCACCCUCCUGGACGCCGGGGACGGCGCCGUGGUGACUCUGGUGGCGGGCGAGACUCGUCUGGCGGCGCACAGGGCCGUCCUGGCCGCGAGGAGCCCCGUGUUGGCCGCCAUGUUGCAGGAGGCCGGCGGCGGCCAGCUCAGCGUGCCGGGCGUGGAGGGCGCGGUGCUGCGCCAGCUGCUGGCCUACUUGUACACACUCCGGGCACCACAGCUACCGGCGGUGGCCCCCCACCUGCUGGCUGCCGCUGACAGGUACGGCCUGUCUGCUCUGAAGGCAGAGUGCGAGCAGCAGGUGGCCGCACAGCUGUCUGUCGAGACUGCUGCGGCCACAGCUGUCCUCGCGAUGAGGCACGACUCUGACAGCCUCAGGCGCGAUGCUGUUGCCUUCGUAAAGGCCCACUUGCCCCGCGUUAUGGCCACGCGGGGCUGGGCUGAUGCUGUAGCCGACCACCCACAAUCUGUUGCGGAGUUAACUCGCCUCGUUUCACAGCCACCGACGGAAACCAGCUCACCGGACAGCGACAGCAACAGCACACCCACCACUCAGCCCCACAGUGAGCAAAGCGAUGAGGACCGGACACCUAGCACAGCUGCCACGCCUGUGACUCCCUGCUGCACGUCACCACCUAAUGUCACCGCUCUCUGCCUCUUGUGGAGUCUUUCUGCAGAGGAGAAGGGCAGGAGGCUGAUAGAGGCAGCUAAGCAGGGGACAGUGGAAGAGCUGGAGGAGCUACUCGCCGUCGGUACAGACGUGGGGACGGGGGACAAUAUCGGGAGCACUGCCCUGCACUGGGCAGCAAACAGGGGACACACAAAGGCAGUGAGGAGUCUGGUGGAGGCUGGUGCAGUGGUGGAUGCCAGGAACUACUGGCAGAAGACGCCUCUCCACUACGCCGCACAGAAUGGCCACACAGCUGUGGUGGAGGUGCUGGUGGCGUCCUCUGCCGACCCCAACGUCAGAGAUGAUGACGGGUGGACGCCGCUGCACGAUGCGGCAUACUAUGGCCACGCAGAUGUGGCGACGACACUGCUAGAGGCAGGAGCUAACAGGAGGGCCGCAGAUGACUGGGGUAGAACCCCGCUGGACGUCACCAGGCAGUACAGCCACCACCAGCUGACAGGUAUGCUAAUAUGAGGCUAGUCUGUGGAGUACGGUGAAAAGGAUGAAUUCUCGUAAUUGUUAAAAUAAAGAACACAAAAGAGUUACUCCUGUAGUCAUUUUUGUACUCAUAUUUACAAAGUACAUGAACGUCAGAACAAGAGCAAUAAUACAGAUGUCUACAAAGUAAUGUGUGUCAUCAGAAGCAAGAUUCCAUUCGUGAAAACUCCACAGAAAUCAAAAAUACUCCGUUACUAAUAAAUACCAGGUAUCUACAAUAUUCAGUUACUGAAAAGUACUCAAUAGGAGCAUGUUCAUUACUACAUGAAACAAUCUUAAAUUUCAUCAUACCCAUAUUACUGGCGUAUAAUCUGUAUAGUGAGAAAGCAUCUUCAAACCUGAGGUCAAAUUUAUUUGCAUGUCUGCCAUGAAUAUGGUGCAAUAAUUUGUGAUUAUAGUCACAAUGUGGCAUUAUUAACAAUACUGACACCAUAUUUGGCCUGAUGUCAAACUGUA